CGCGCAUCAUGCCUUCUUUCAACAUUGUAGUCUUUGGCGGCGACCACUGCGGUCCUGAAGUUACGGCUGAGGCCAUUAAGGUCCUUAAUGUUAUCCAGAAGGAGCGCUCCGAUGUCCAGUUCAACUUUCAGGAACACUUGCUUGGAGGUUGCUCGAUAGACGCCAACGGCUCUCCGCUCACCGACGAGGCCCUUAACGCGGCGAAAAACGCCGAUGCUGUCCUGCUUGGUGCCAUUGGUGGACCCAAAUGGGGCACUGGCUCGGUUCGCCCCGAGCAGGGCAUCCUGAAGCUCCGCAAGGAGAUGGGCACCUUCGGUAACCUCCGUCCCUGCUUCUUCGCUUCCGAGUCGCUGGUCGACGCUUCCCCCCUCAAGGCCUCUGUCUGCUCCGGUGUCAACUUUAACAUCAUUCGCGAGCUUACUGGCGGUAUCUACUUCGGCGAGCGCAAGGAGGACGAUGGCAGUGGCGAGGCCUGGGACACCGAGCCGUACUCCCGCCCGGAGAUUGAGCGCAUUACCCGCCUGGCGGCCAAUCUCGCCCUUCAGGAGGACCCUCCUCUCCCCGUCUGGAGUUUGGACAAGGCGAACGUGCUCGCCACCAGCAGACUUUGGAGGAAGGUUGUCACGGAGGUUAUGGAGAAGGAGUACCCGCAGCUCAAGCUCGGCCACCACCUCAUUGACUCUGCAGCUAUGCUGAUGGUCAAGAACCCGAGGGCGCUGAACGGUAUUGUCGUUACCAGCAACCUCUUCGGAGACAUCAUCUCCGACGAGGCUAGCGUCAUCCCCGGCUCCCUGGGUCUCCUUCCCAGCGCGUCUCUGAGCGCUGUCCCUGAUGGCAAGACUAAGAUCAACGGUAUCUACGAGCCUAUCCACGGCUCCGCCCCCGACAUCUCCGGCAAGGGUAUUGUCAACCCCAUCGCCACGAUUCUCUCCGUCAGCAUGAUGCUCAAGUACUCCUUCUGCUUGCCUGACCUCGCCAAGGCCGUUGACCAGGCCGUCAAGGUUGUCAUCGACAAGGGUGUCCGCACGGGUGACAUUGGCGGCACCGCUAGCACCAAGGAUAUGGGUGAUGCUAUUGCGUCUGAGCUCGGCCAGAUUCUCAGCGGCCAGAAAUAGGAUGUAAGAUGUCGGAAUGUUUGGAAAGAAAUUAUGAAAAAAAAAGUGUUGUCAAAUGAUGAAGUCUGUAGAAGAAUAUAAAAGACUUGAAUACGUAG